AUGCCAGGCUCAACAGCAGCACCUGCUGCCUCAAGCCCAACGAGCUUGUUCCGAUUUACCAACUGCCAGGCGCUCCUACCCGACGGCACACUGCCGCGCGAUAUAACCACCUACUCGCUCCACGUCUCGCCAGAGACCGGGCGUAUCGUAGAUGGUCAAUCAGCGUUCUUCGACUCAUCGAUCGCGUUCAGUGAAACGAUUGAUUUGGAUGGCGACUACCUGGUACCUGGAUUCAUCGAUGUUCAGAUCAACGGAGGGUACGGUGUGGAUUUCAGCGAGUUCCAAGAUGGCGAUGAACAAGGCUAUUUGCGCAAGUUGGACGAGUUCAGCGCAAGAAUAUUGGAGACAGGUGUCACGAGUUUCGUUCCGACGAUCAUCACGCAGCAUGCAGACGUAUAUCGCAAGAUCUUGCCAUUAUUGGCACCUAGAAGUCGAGCCAACCAGGCCAACUCGCUCGGGUUCCACUGUGAAGGACCAUUUCUGUCUCCACACAAGAAGGGCGCACAUAGCUCAUCGCUCAUCCGUGCAGCGCCAGACGGAAUCGAAUCGCUGGAACAAGUGUACGCAAGUGGGCCACUAGGGCUGGACAUGGCAUCUCCGGCAGUGAAGCUGCUCACGUUGGCACCAGAAGUGGAGGGAAUCCUUGGUGCGAUCCCGUCCCUUGUUUCUCGCGGGGUGACUGUCUCUAUCGGCCACACGGCUAGUGGCAUCGACACGGCGCUCGCGGCCAAAGAAGCAGGAGCACGAUUCAUCACGCACUUGUUCAACGCAAUGGGGUCGUUCAACCACCGUGAUCCUGGCGUGAUCGGCCUUCUGGGAGACAGCGAAACCGAUCUGGAAGCACCUCUGCGCACCAAGCUGCGCACGAAACCCAAUUCGUCCACCAACUGCACGAUCGCAACGCCACGCAAACCACGACCUUUCUACGGGCUGAUCGCCGACGGAUAUCACUCACACCCGUGUUCGGUACGCAUGGCGUACUCCUCACACCCCUCGGGCUGCGUGCUCGUCUCUGACGCCAUGCCCUGGAUGGAUCCUUCCAAGCCCGACGGCAUCUACCCCUGGCGUGAUGCGCAAAACAUUGUGAAACUCGGCAACAAAGUCACGCUUCAAAACACCGAUACACUCGCUGGCUCAGUCGUACCGCUCAGCCACUGUGUCAUCAACCUCGCCAGGUACGCCAACAUCCCGAUCCACACAGCCGCCUACUGCGCAACCGCCACCCCGGCCUUAAUGCUCGGCUUACAUGCCACAAAGGGCUUCUUGAAACCCGGUUGCGAUGCUGAUCUCGUCGUCCUCGACAAGUUCACCGCCGAGGUCAAGCAGACCUGGGUCGCAGGCAAAUUGGUUUGGCAAAGAAAAUAA